GGAACCGAUGUUACGAAAACACUGAAUUUUCGUUACAGAACACUGACCGCGCGCGUUUGGAGGUGUUUGGAAACCGGAGUUUUCUGUUGGAAGACACCCGUUUGACAGUCAUGCUGAAAGCUGUGGGACAAGUUUUAUUCUCAACAGGACUUAAGAAUCCUAAAUUCACGGCAGAAGAGGCAAAGGAGCAGGACUACGAGAUCCGCACUUAUCAUGCCACUAAAUGGGUGAGCACCUCUCUGAAGGGGAUGCACUGUGAGGAGGCCAUGAAGACCGGCUUCCGCAGGCUCUUCAACUACAUCCAAGGAAACAAUCAGAAAAAGGCCAAAGUGGAGAUGACUGCGCCUGUGACGUGCCGUGUUGACCCUGGAGCCGGCCCAAACUGCGAGUCUCAGUUCACCGUUUCCUUCUACAUCCCAGACGAACUUCAGGCCGAGCCGCCCGAGCCGAGCGACCCCGAGGUGUUUGUGGAGCACAGGAAAGAGUUCGCCGCCUACGUCAGGACUUACGGUGGUUUCUCCAAUGAUAAUAUGAGGCGAGACGAGCUGCUGAAGCUGAUGGAGAGCCUGAAGAGGGAUGGCGUGGAGUUUGUUGAUCAGCCGUACUACACGGCCGGCUACGACAGCCCCUUCAAACUCACCAACCGCAGGAACGAGGUGUGGGUGCUCAGGAAGGCAUUCGAGCAGUAGAAACUCAACUGACUACAACGCAAUAAUAAUGUUUAAAUCGCUCGAUAAAUUCAGUUUAGCAGCUUAUUAAUAUCUGAAAGAAAAAUAAAUUGUUUUUUAUUUUUGACUUGAUAAGAAGAAACCAAACAGAGCUCCAGCAGGGCAACAUUUAUGUGACUAUUAACAAAGAAAUGAGACGAAAUGUCCAGCAGAGGGCGCCAAUGAGUUAAUUAAAAGGGGAAAACCACAAGUGCCUCAACUAAUUCAGAUUUUUAUUUUCUAGCUAAUUUUAAAAAAUAAAUUUAAUGUUUGGAUUUUUCAUUAGACAAAUUCUUUAUGCACUAAACUGCCUUAUAAAUUGAACAUAAACGGAAAGUUUAGCUGCUGCAGUUGCUUCACCUGUCCAGACUGUCAAGAGACGGAGACACAAAGUCAAAUGAUCAUUUAAACAGUAAAACAACACUAAGAUUACUCACUACUUGGUUUAAAUGUGCACUAAGUACCUAUAUAUAUAUAUAUA